AUGACGGGCCAGCUUCAGAUCUGCACGCCUGGGGGUAACGAGCUGGCCGUGCCUUUUGCCGAGGAGCAGACGGUGGCGCAGCUCAAAAUGCAGCUCUCGGCAAGGCUGAAGAUGGAGACGCCUGUCGGCUUCCUCAGGCUCUUGCACGGUGCAGAGGAGCUGAAGGACGAGUGGGUGCUUGUGGAGCACGGCGUUGCAGAUGGCACGCUUUUGACCCAGAUAGUCUCUGCGCAUCCGUCAGGGGUUUUCAAACUGACAAGUGGUGGCCGUCGUGGAGGUCCGGCUGGUCGAAACACCACGGCCUCUAUACGGGCCGAGUUCCGUGAGGAUGGCACCUUCCAUGUCAGCGUGAAGGAGACCGAGAUCACCUCCCUUUUUGAAGGCCCAGACUUUGACCCCUACCUAGAAGGAGCUGCUUUUGACCACGAGUACGAGGGCAAGACCAGCGCUGGCCAACCUCCGCAUUUCGGUCUGUCGGUAUUUCGUUGCGAGCGCAAAGGCAUCUUCGCAGAUGCAGAGCCCGGGGAAUUGAGAGGUGAGAUGUGUCCAGAUGCGAGCGAGGUGAAGUUGCGGCUCCCUUUCGCCGCGGGAGCAUGCAAUGAGGGUAGGGCGGGCUUGCGAUGGGUGACUGUGUCUCGGAAGCCACCCCGUGAAUCUGAUGAUGACACCUUUGAUGACAGCUCACCUCAGUCGGAAGUGGAAGAUGUGGAUUCACUUUCAUUGCUACCGCCACUUAAACAGGGGAGAAGUCGACUGAGAAAGCUGCUGCUCAACGUUUUCGGGUGCUUGUCCGCUCCCAAGCCCAAGUGA